ACAAGAAACUCGCAAAAUGAAAGAUGAGGGGUCUGCAAAAUGUUAAUUAUAUAUCAGAAAGGACUACAUAAGGCUAGUUUAGCUUUGAAGAUGAAAGAGGAAGAAAGUAUCUGUCACGAACCAUGUUUCUGAAAUGGUUUGGCGACAAUAAAAGUUCAUCUGAUAGAGGGUAUCCAACUGUAAUACAAGAGCUGUGUCGUCAAUUCUCUUGGACUGAUAUUAAGAAAGUAACUAACAACUUUGAUGAAAAGAGAAUAAUUGGAGAUGGAGAAUUUAGUAAAGCAUAUAAAGGUUAUCUUAAACGCAAUGAUGGUACUGAUUAUGCAGUUGCAGUGAAGCGAUUUAAAGUGGAACGCCCUGAUGGAUGGGGAGAGUUCACGACUGAGGUAGAGUUGCACUGCCAGCUUCAUCACCCUCAUAUAAUCUCUCUUAUAGGAUUCUGCAUCCACAAAAAAGAAAAGAUUAUCGUGUUCGAGUACAUGCCCAAUGGAUCUCUACAUGGACACCUGCAAGGUGGGAAACUGUCAUGGAAGAAAAGGCUAGAGAUUUGCAUAGGAGCAGCACGUGGACUACACUACCUUCACGCAGGAGCAAAGCGCACCAUCAUUCAUCGUCACAUCAAACCUAGCUACAUUCUUUUGGACCACAACAUGAACCCAAAACUCGUAGGUUUUGGCCUUAGCAUACAAGGAGCACGUUUUAUGUCAAAGCCUAAACCAAUUAAAAUAAAUACUCCUGGAUAUAUUAGGGGUAAUUGGGAGUAUUUGGCUAAGGAGCUUCUCAUGGACCGUACCGCGUCUGAUAGAUGUGAUGUUUACUCAUUUGGUAUGAUUCUACUAGAAGUUGUGUGGGCCAAAACAAUUCUUGACAUGGAAAGCAGAGGAAAUUUUCUGAAGAAGCCUGUUGAGGAAUAUAUUGAUCCGAAUAUCGAGGGUAAGAUUGCACCGGAGUGUUGGCAAGUCUUUGUAGACAUCAUUGCAGGAUGCUUGAAGAAUGAACCUGAUGAGCGACCAGCAAUGGGUGAAGUACAAAUGCAACUUGAGCAUGCUCUGUCCUUGCAGAAACAAGCAGAUAUCACCAACACUAAUGCUCAUUAUAUCUUAUUAUCCAAAACCAUCAUUAACCGGGAACGGCAAGAUAUCACGGAAACAACCAACAGUUGUGGUAGCUUAGAAGACAUCGAGUCCGAAGACAUGUUUCGUACGUAAUUUGGUGAGCUCAAAUUAAGGGUUUUAGCUUUUGGAGUCUAUGUGCACUUUUUUUGCAUUUUGAUUGUUUCUGAGGCUGCCAUUGUGAUUUUCUUUUGAACUAGUAUAAAUUUGAAAGCCGUUAAGGUUCGAAAUGAUAAUAAAUAGUUAAUUUUGA